AUGCCAGCGUUCUUACCACAGGUGGUCAACUUCUUCCAACACCUGCUCGCACUGACGACCGUGUAUUUCGCCGUGAAGCUUCCAUUGGAUAGAUGGGUUCCGCUGGAGAGGCAAAUUGCGCACGUCCCACCCAACGGAACGUCCAACUUUCCCAAUAUCUCGCUACGGUCUUUGCAGAUGUAUGAGGCUGAAAAGGCUAAAUGUCCAGCUUCACGAGAGAGACAAGUCACUGCAGUUAUGAUCUAUCCUGUGCCGUCGUGGAUACCCAAAGAAGCGGACAAGGUUCGCCAUACACAGCUGCAACCCGCUGCAGAACGAGCGAAAGACCAUUCCGGAUUCCUCACCAUCACCUGGACCCUCAUACUGCUCAUAUUCAUGCUGCUGCUUCAACGAGUCAAGGAUGAAAUCUUCAGGAGCUUCGUUGAUGUCCACCGUGAAACCGGAAGCCUGGAAACACCGAAACGUCGCGUGAGAGAGCCGCCGGAAACUUCGACCGAUGACGAUAUUAUUGAAACGCAAUUUAAUAGUUUGAGAGACUACUUGUGGAUGAUUUCUGGAGGGCCAAGGGACGAAGUGCAACAAUACCUUCAAGAAGAUGAUGCCGAACCAUCGGAUGAUUUGAUAGAGGAGGAAGACAACAGGUACGAACUGAGCGACGAAGAUUCGAAUGUAGACACGGGUGAUGACUUUGAUCCAGAGGACCAUGCAACACUACCUGCUGUGGAUGAGGUCGAAUAUGAAUACAAAGACUUCGUGGGCGACAUCAUUCAAGACGUAUUUGGAGCCUUCGCCGAGUACCUGGGGGCAUCGCUCGGAGCUGACCUGAUCGACCGCCAUGAAAAGAAGGGAUUCUUCGGAGACUUACUGAACUUAUGCGAACAGCGAAGGGAAACUACUUUCACGACAAUGCUUCAUGAAAUAGACAUCCGUAGCUGUAUCAAAAUUGGAGAAUCCAGAAGCGGCGACGUCUUCCGGAUAUCCACGGCCGAUGGACUAACUGUACUCAAACUGCACAGAGCAGAUUACGUGCUUCGCUACAGAGACCAACUUGAGAAUCAUAUACGUAUUGCAAGAAGCCUCGAAGUUUUGUCUAAUGGGGGAUGUGAGAACUAUACGGAAGGAUUCAUAAAAAUAUUCAAGGUUCGCUGCGUAUGGGAUAGUUACCCGGCUCUUCUAUUAAACGCUUGUAGAAGGUUUCAGCGACGCACUGGCGGUCACGUGGAACGCAUGUACGCCGAUGUCGAAGUUCCUCAACCUUAUGUUGUAAUCUAUAUGAAAUACGGAGGAAGUCCACUGUCGUCUAUUGAGGUGCUGUCUGCGCCUCAACUCUUCAGCAUUCUUCAGCAAACAGUCCUGACCAUAGCGGCAGCAGAAAGCGAGCUCAGCUUCGAGCAUCGCGACCUGCGCCUCGAACACAUCUACGUUCUCAGUGCGACCGAACGAAGCAUUCAAUAUAAAGUUGGCGGAAAGGAGUACGCAGUUGGCAACGGUGGAGUGGAACCGUUCGUCGGAAGCUUCGCCGUUUCACGCGUUCAACAAGGAGAGGGAAUUAUUUGGUGCGAUCCUGAGGUCACGUGGUCCGGACGUGAAGUGCACGAGGCACUGGCUGUCACCUGCGGAAAGAUAGGACAAAAUAUCAAGUCAUGGAACAACUUCUAUCCCAGAAGCAACGUCCUGUUCCUGGAGUAUGUGAGCCAAGAACUUUACAAGAAGUUUGACCGUUGCGUCAACCACAAUAUUUCCGACGAAGACCGUAGGGCGUGGAAGGCUUUCCAGGAAUGGAGUGCACGACUCGCGUGGUUUCCUUCGACCGCGGAGUUUGUCAAGGUCGCUAUGAACCAAGAUGCUAGUCUCGCUUCCAGGCUCAGUUGGUUCUUUUGACGAACCGCGAAAAAAAAAGUUUAAUAGCCUAAAUACGUCAAUGUAA